AUGUAUAGCGCUAAUGAAUUCAAAGAGCUGGAAAUUCGGAAUAGCUAUAGAUUGAGAGAGCUAAGAAGAACCGCAUAUAUAAUAGGUGUAAAUUUAAGUGCGCCAACUGCGCGCAAAAGAUGGCUGUGCGUUAUCACUUUGCUGCUGCUCAUUUUGAGUUUCAUCGGCUUGUACCCACGUUGGUUGAUGCUACAACAUGCCGAAGGUGAUAUUCCGCUCAUAGCAGAGACCAUUACCACGGUACUACAAACAACAACAACUAUGGUUAAAAUUACUUACUUUCUAAUUAUGCAACAUCAAUGCCAGUUUUUGCUUCAUAAAGUUGAAACUCAUGAGCUUCUUCAAAGUAUUGAAAUUUUUACGACAGAUAUGCCCAUUAAAAUGCAGUUGAAGCAAGAACUUGAUGCAAUUAUGAAUACUUCAUGGAGGGAAGCACGUCGACAACUUUUAGGCUCUCUCAUAACUUGUGCCAGCAUAAUUAGCAAUUACUUCUUCAACGCGCUCUUCACAAAUUUAUAUAAUCAAAUACGAGGAACGCCAGACUAUGUACAUAUUUUACCUUUCACCGGUUAUCCUAUGUUUCUAGACAAGGGUAUGACCUCAUUUUACUAUGCAGCGGAAAUGUUUAUUGGUGGAUGCUCUCUUUUGGCCGCUGGCAUGUGUUCUGUCAGUUUCCAUUGCAUUUUUAUGGUACUUAGCAAGCAUGCUUGUGGGCUUGUCCAGGUGUUGUGUGCGUUACUAGAAAAAUCGACCUCACCGCUGGUGCCGAAACAUCGACGCGAUGAAUAUUUGCGUUAUUGUGUGAUUCAACACCAACGCACACUUGAGUUCAUCAAUGAUAUCAAUGAGCUCUUCAAGCACAUCACUCUCUCGCAUUUUCUGCAUAGCUUGGCAAUUUAUGGUUUCGUACUGUUCGAAAUGAAUUUUGGUUUGGAAACAAAUAAGAUUACCUUUGUGCGUAUGUUGAUGUAUAUUGGCGCUGCUCUCACCGUGGAUUCUAUGUAUUACGUUAAUGGUCAAUACUUAGCAACAGAGCUCGAAGCUAUUCCAGUGGCCUGCUACAACUGUCAGUGGUACAAUGAGUCAGAGGACUUUAAAAAAACUUUGAAAUUGAUAAUAAUGCGUUCCAACAAGGAGUUCUGUUUCCAAAUAUCGUGGUUCGGAGUAAUGUCUUUGACAACGUUGUUGGGCAUUUUAAAGGCCAGUUUUUCGUACUUUCUAAUACUUCAAGACAUAACAGAUGAAGAAGACUAA